UCCAUCUCCUCCCACUCUCCCUCGCUCAGCCUUUCCCCCUCGCUGCCCGCCAAGCCUCCCUGUCCUCAAAUUACUCACUGUUUUCAAGACCAUGUUUUCCGCAAACCUACAAACUGCCAGCACUGCAAGCACAUGAUAGUCGGAAACUCCAAACAAGCUCUGCGGUGUAAAACCUGCAAGAUGGCUGCUCACCUGUGGUGCACCUCUGAACUAUCGCAGCAGCUGUGUCACGGAAAGCCUGGCGUGUUCAAGCGAAACUUCAGCUCACCAAUGCUUGUCAAUGACCAGCUGACUGUCGUCAAGGAAGUUCAACCGAGCCAAGAGGCUGUGCGGACGCGCGUCGACCCCGUGUACGCAGCUUUGCGUUAUGGGACGUCUUUGGCACAGAUGAGCCGCUCCAGUUUUGGCAGUUUGUCGGAGUCACCGACGCGAAGCCUGGGUGAGGGAGGUGAGGAGAGGCAGCAGAGACAGAGCAGCAUGGAGGAAGAGAUAACUCAGGAGACGGGGGAUGCGGCUGUUCCCGAUCCUGAGUUAGAGAAGGAGGAGGACGAGAGCGGCGUCCAAGCACAGACACCUGCGGAGGAGAGCGGCGUGAAGGUGCCCAAGCGCAUUGAAGUCCACUCCAUCCACACCUAUGUAGCACUCUACAGGUUUAUGCCUCAGGAACAGAACGACCUGGAACUACAUCCCGGUGAUCGGGUGCAGGUCACAGACGACUCCAAUGAAGAGUGGUGGAAGGGGAAGAGUGGAGACAGGGUCGGCUUCUUCCCUGCCAACUUUGUCCAAAGGGUGCGGCCGGGCGAGAGGGUGUGGCGGGUCACCCAGAAUGUUUCUGGCAGCAGGGAGAGAGGACACAUGGCCGUCAGGGAAUCUCAGAUCUGUGUUGGGAAACAAGAAGAUGGAGAGAUGUUCUUGAAACUGAGCAGCGGGAAGAAGAGAGGACUGGUCCCGGCUGACUCCAUAGAAGAAAUCUGAGCCCUUUUUCAACAUCUACUCUACCUCCCCUAGAGGUGCAGCCAUCUUUAAAACUUUACCACAUCCACCCGUUUUCUUGCCUCGUCCACUCUCACUUUGACACGACAGACCCGGCCCGACCACCAAGAAAGACAGAGAGAAAGUGACCAGCUCUGCUGAGAUCUACUGUAGGAACUGUUGUCUCGAAUAACAUUAACCGUUCUUGUCUAUUUAUAGGUUUUUUCGAGUUGAUCUGCUGUAAAUGUAUCUUCAACCGGAAGAACUGACUUUCAGAACACAGCCCAAGUUUCUACUGACUAAAGGAGGACAGUAGCUGUGUUCUCUGUCAUCCCCCGUUUCUGUCAGUAGCCACUUAUUGUUUGUACUCACUCCCUAAGUCUCAUGGCUGUGUGCUCAUGUCCCUCGGAGACUGGGAGACAGCUCCAUGUGAACUCCAGUGGUACGUACGACACAACACUGGCCUCAAACAACUGCUGCCUGCCAGACCAAGAGCCGAGACUCACAGAAGAGUGAGAUGAAAGAAGUCAAGCAAGUGCAAACGAAAAACUUCUGAGGCGCCAGUCUGAUUUCGAAGUGCGUUUGCCAACUUCUGAGGGCAGAACUGGGAUCGAGAAAAACUAGUCGCUGUGAGGAUUGUUUUCAGGACUUCAAGACUGCGUUGAAAAUAUGGGGUAGAAAAAUAUGUUACCCCCAUUAAACUCUUUCUUUCCAUGUAUUGUGGAGAAUUAAAAAUUAUAUAUAUUUUGAUCCAGUUUUUCGGAAAAAAAUAAAGACAUGGAGUUUUAAAGAGAUGAAUAAAUUAAAUCUAAUAGUGAGUGUUCUGUCUACAACUCUGUUUCUGUAAGGUUUUUACAUCUGUACGUCCUCUUUUAAACCCGAACACAGUCAGGCCGGUCAGAAGUUCAAUCUUUGUUGCGUUGUUAUUGACACUCGGAGAGAUCUGUCACAGCCCUCCACCUCCACCGCUCUCCUGCUUUUUCCUCUUGCUCUUCUUCAGACAGCAGCCAGUGCUGAAAAGGCAGCAAAGCGUUAGAUAACAGCAGAUAAGAUAAUGACAGCAUUUCAUGGAGAUAAAGCCACAGCUUUUGUUGUGAUUUUAUAAACCGUUAGUCUGGAAAUACCCAAGGAUUUCUGGCCCUCUGUCAUUGUCGCAGAGAUCAGGUGUGUGUAUAGAACAGGCAGAACAUUUUCAAUAGAAAAGUCAAGCCAUAUGUUUACUAAUGAACGAGCACUUGCAUUUUAAAAGUGAGAUCUCCAUUUUAUUACUUCCUCUCCUGCAGCUUAAAACCAUUUACAUGUAUAAAAAAAUAUAUUAUACUUCAAAACAGGUUACUUGUAUGUGAACAUAUAUUGAGUGAUUGGUGCAGCCAAUGUAUAUGUAUGUGUGGCUUUAUUUCCAUGGAACACUGCAGUGCUAAAUAGGUAGGAUUCAGUGUAUGAUGUGUGUGUGCAGAUAGUGUUGUACCCAUGGGCUCACAAGUCACUGUUAAUCAAACAUCAGCCUGUCACUUCCAUCAUAGUGUUCACUGUCCUUAAAACAAUCAAGUUUGACAUAAGGUAAUUAUGGAGUUUAAUCCAAUGAUAUGAAGUAUCGCCUCAUGGUGGAGCCAGUAGAGAUAAAAUCGGGGUUGACCAUGACCCAGGUUCUCGGACCCAAUUUGUUUUGUCAUUUGGCUAGUCAAAGAAAAUGAUGGUGUCAUAAAAAAGACUGAGUCGGGCAAUUGAAAAGAUGAGUGGACGGAAGUGAUCAUUUCUCAAAAUAAAAUACCAGGCUUUUAGUCUUUUCUACGCCAUCUAUUGGGGGAAUGCAGGCAAUGCAGUGAUAAAUAUAGAAGUAUACAGAAGUAUAAUGAUGAUAUAAAUUAAUAACGUAUUUUUACAAGUUUGACUGGCCGGAUUAAAAAGCCAAACGGGCCCAUUCGGCCCCCGAGCCAUAGUUUGUCUACCCCUGAUCCAGACUAAGGGGUUAAAGAAAACAUUUUCCUUUUUGUGCACUCAGUAUCAAAUGAUCCUCGAACUCGGAGGAGUUCCCUGUUCACCCAUGCUUUAGAUGAUAUUUUGGCAUCUAUCACCCUGAGAAGACUUAUGGGAGUCAUGGGCAAUACAUUUCCACAACCAGGCUAUUAAAAAGCUGAAAACUGAAAUAUAUUUCUUUAAAUUUAAAGGCUUAAUAAACCAAAUGUACUUCUUCUAACAUUUUUCUAACAUUUCUUCUAUCAUUAUCAUCCUCAUUUUGCCCUAGAAAAAGGGGUCUUUUUUUCCGAGAGAAAGAAAUUUAUAAUUUUGAAAUACUUGAUUACUCUGUUACAGUUUAAUUUAAUGUAUAUAAAAAUACAAGUGUCAUUUUCAGCCAUAUCUCAUGUGCACUUCACCAUCAGAAACAUCAUGAGUCUGUUUGAUUUCAGGGUUCUACGGUUUUAAAGCAAUGGGGAUGUACAGAAUCACAACUUAUCUAGAAAAAUAUCUGGGCUUUCAAGCGGAACUGGAUUUAUAAUAUUACAUACUGUAUGUGACAGUAAUGUUUGUUUAUCUUGUACUCGUACUUUAGUUUCAUGUAGCAUAGGAUGUUCACUCUUUUAAGGUUUUAACAUGUCAACUGUGUUUGUAUGUUUCCAGAGGCUCAGGAUUCCUCAAUAAAAAAACCUUUAUGAAACACUGUGUAGCAUCUUAAUGUGCAGCAGGUCACAUGACGUGUACACAGAAUGCAGUUCAUGAUUUUUGUGUCUUUAUUUAUUUUCUUUUUUCGCAGUUGCAAUUACACAGGGUCGGGAGAUGGCAGGGAGCACCCUGUAAUAACACACAAUUUAAUGGCAGGAACAGUGGUGUCCAUGCAUAACACACCAUCUAAAAAAAUACACUGCUGUGCACAAAAUGACAGUCUAAUCACAGCCGCAGUAUAAAAAGCAUGUACUUAAGGGGGAGUAGUUUAGGACUUUUUGGUUCAUCGCACUCAGCCGGGUAAAUAAAAAAUAUACGGAUGUUUAUUUACCAUAAAGUACAACUAUCAAAUCAAACGAAGCAAAUGGCAGGUAAUAGCUGUAUAUUUUAAUGUUCAUUGACUUGAUCGUCACGGAUAACUAUUACCGAAUACAUCUGUCCAUUUUAUAUUCAAUAUUAAAAAGGCUAUUUUCACUGAAGAG